GAUCGUCCCUCGGGAAUUGGGCGUCGCCGGAACUGUGCGCCGAAAGCCGGGGGUCUGGACCCGAGUCCACUUCACCCAGCCGGUUGCAGCUGGAUCACAGCAGGCCAGAGAGGGGAGGGUCUACAUGGAGGUCCAGAGAGAGGCGGUGGGGAUGUCAGCCAAUAGACUGCUGCGGUGUGGGCCCCCCAGGGAGACGCGAUAAAGGUGACCGGCGUCCUCAUUAGUUACAGACACCUGCCACUCAGGUGUGGGAAUAGUUUCGACUCCAUCACUCUGGACACACUUGGCUCGGAGUCCGUGACAAAGUUGAAUUCGCUCUCCUGCUGAGAAGUGUACGCUCGAAAAGAAGAAGGCGCCAUGAGGGACUUCGAUAUGCACCACUUUUUAAAGCCCAGCGGUCUUCCCGAGUGAGCCGAACAUGGCCAGCACCACACUUCAGCUCCUGGGCUUCCUCCUAAGUCUGCUGGGCUUGGCGGGAACCGUAGUCGCCACCGUGCUCCCGAACUGGCGUAGCUCGGCCUACAUCGGCUCCAACAUCAUCACGGCCUCGGCCACCAUGCGAGGCCUCUGGAUGGCAUGCGUGUGGCACAGCACUGGCAUUUACCAGUGUGAGGUGUACAGGUCUCUGCUGGCACUGCCACAGGACAUGCAGGCUGCCCGGGCACUCAUGGUGCUCUCCUGUGUCACCUCGGUCCUUGGCAUGGUGGUUUCUGUGAUGGGUAUGAAGUGCACCUACUUUGCCCGAGGCUCACUGAUCAAGUCCCCCCUGGUGCUGAGCGGAGGGAUUUGUUUUCUCUGUGCCGGCGUACUCUGUUUGAUCACCGUUUCCUGGACCACCAAUGACGUCAUUGUGGAUUUCUAUGACCCCUUCCUUCCGGAUGGCAUGAAGUAUGAGAUCGGCCUGGCGGUGUAUAUUGGUUUCGCCUCGUCCUGUCUCAGUCUGAGUGGGGGACUCGUGCUGUGUUUGAGCAGCGGUGGCCAGCGCCGACCGAGGCGACCCCAAAUACAAAGGAGUCAGCCUUCAUCGCCACCCCCACCCUUCAACAACAUCUAUCCCCCAGCACCUCCAUACACACCUCCAGAGGCUCUCAAGGGCAAUCGAGCCCCCUCGCUUUGCUCCGUCUCCAGCAGUGGCUACCGACUUAAUGACUAUGUCUAAGACUGGCUACAGACUUAAUAAGUCUGUCUAAGACUGGCGGCGUACUUAAUAACUAUGUCUAAGACUGGCUACAGACUUGAUAAGUAUGUCUAAGACUGGCUACAGACUUAAUAACUAUGUCUAAGACUGGCUACAGACUUAAUAACUAUGUCUAAGACUGGCUACAGACUUAAUAAGUAUGUCUAAGACUGGCUACAGACUUGAUAAGUAUGUCUAAGGCUGGCUAAAGACUUAAUAACUAUGUCUAAGACUGGCUACAGACUUAAUAACUAUGUCUAAGACUGGCUACAGACUUAAUAACUAUGUCUAAGACUGGCUGCAGACUUAAUAACUAUGUCUAAGACUGGCUACAGACUUAAUAACUAUGUCUAAGGCUGGCUAAAAACUUAAUAACUAUGUCUAAGACUGGCUGCAGAUUUAAUUACUAUGUCUAUGACUGGCUACAGACUUAAUAACUAUGUCUAAGACUGGCUACAGACUUAAUAACUAUGUCUAAGAGUGGUUACAGACUUAAUAACUACAGUACGUCUAAGAUUGGCUACAGACUUAAUAACUAUCUCUAAGACUGGCUACAUACUUAAUAACUAUGUCUAAGACUGGCUACAGACUUAAUAACUAUGUCUAAGACUGGCUACAGACUUAAUAACUAUGUCUAAGACUGGCUACAGAUUUAAUAACUAUGUCUAAGACUGGCUACAGAUUUAAUAACUAUGUCCAAGACUGGCUACAGACUAAAUAACUAUGUCUAAGACUGGCUACAGACUUAAUAACUAUGUCUAAGACUGGCUACAGACUUAAUAACUAUGUCUAAGAGUGGUUACAGACUUAAUAACUACAGUACGUCUAAGAUUGGCUACAGACUUAAUAACUAUCUCUAAGACUGGCUACAUACUUAAUAACUAUGUCUAAGACUGGCUACAGACUUAAUAACUAUGUCUAAGACUGGCUACAGACUUAAUAACUAUGUCUAAGACUGGCUACAGAUUUAAUAACUAUGUCUAAGACUGGCUACAGAUUUAAUAACUAUGUCCAAGACUGGCUACAGACUAAAUAACUAUGUCUAAGACUGGCUACAGACUUAAUAACUAUGUCUAAGACUGGCUACAGACUUAAUAACUAUGUCUAAGAGUGGUUACAGACUUAAUAACUACAGUACGUCUAAGAUUGGCUACAGACUUAAUAACUAUCUCUAAGACUGGCUACAUACUUAAUAACUAUGUCUAAGACUGGCUACAGACUUAAUAACUAUGUCUAAGACUGGCUACAGAUUUAAUAACUAUGUCCAAGACUGGCUACAGACUAAAUAACUAUGUCUAAUAGUGGCUACAGACUUAAUCACUAUGUCUAAGACCGGCUACAGACUUAAUAACUAUGUCUAAGACUGGAUACAGACUUAAUAUCUAUGUCUAAGACUGGCUACAGACUUAAUAACUAUGGCUAAGACUAGUUACAGACUAAAUAGGUCUAAGACCGGCUACAGACUUAAUAACUAUGUCUAAGACUGGCUGCAGAUUUAAUUACUAUGUCUAUGACUGGCUACAGCCUUAAUAACUAUGUCUAAGACUGGCUACAGACUUAAUAACUAUGUCUAAGACUGGCUACAGACUUAAUAACUAUGUCUAAGAGUGGUUACAGACUUAAUAACUACAGUACGUCUAAGAUUGGCUACAGACUUAAUAACUAUCUCUAAGACUGGCUACAUACUUAAUAACUAUGUCUAAGACUGGCUACAGACUUAAUAACUAUGUCUAAGACUGGCUACAGAUUUAAUAACUAUGUCUAAGACUGGCUACAGAUUUAAUAACUAUGUCUAAGACUGGCUACAGAUUUAAUAACUAUGUCCAAGACUGGCUACAGACUAAAUAACUAUGUCUAAUAGUGGCUACAGACUUAAUCACUAUGUCUAAGACUGGCUACAGACUUAAUAACUAUGUCUAAGACUGGAUACAGACUUAAUAUCUAUGUCUAAGACUGGCUACAGACUUAAUAACUAUGGCUAAGACUAGUUACAGACUAAAUAGGUCUAAGACCGGCUACAGACUUAAUAACUAUGUCUAAGACUGGCUGCAGAUUUAAUUACUAUGUCUAUGACUGGCUACAGCCUUAAUAACUAUGUCUAAGACUGGCUACAGACUUAAUAACUAUGUCUAAGACUGGCUACAGACUUAAUAACUAUGUCUAAGAGUGGUUACAGACUUAAUAACUACAGUACGUCUAAGAUUGGCUACAGACUUAAUAACUAUCUCUAAGACUGGCUACAUACUUAAUAACUAUGUCUAAGACUGGCUACAGACUUAAUAACUAUGUCUAAGACUGGCUACAGAUUUAAUAACUAUGUCUAAGACUGGCUACAGAUUUAAUAACUAUGUCUAAGACUGGCUACAGAUUUAAUAACUAU